AAAUUAUAAUAUAAAAAUUCGUAAACUUUUCUUUAUUACGUGUCGCGUGUCGCCUUGAUUGAUUUGACAAUAUGGUCGACAACCUGGAACCGCUGCCCCCAAGCCUGCAAAAUCUCGUGGAGCAAGACUCGUUGAAGUGGAUUUUUGUUGGCGGUAAAGGUGGCGUGGGCAAGACAACCUGCAGCUCGAGCUUGGCCGUUCAGUUGGCAAGGGUGCGCGAGUCGGUGCUCAUAAUUUCGACAGACCCAGCACAUAAUAUAUCCGAUGCCUUCGACCAGAAAUUCACCAAGGUGCCCACAAAGGUGAAUGGCUUUGACAAUUUGUUUGCCAUGGAAAUAGACCCAAACGCGGGCCUAAACGAGCUUCCAGAGGAGUACUUUGAGGGUGAAAACGAGGCUCUACGCGUUAGCAAGGGCGUUAUGCAGGAAAUGAUAAAUGCUUUGCCCGGAAUCGAUGAGGCCAUGAGCUACGCCGAGGUGAUGAAGCUGGUGAAGGGCAUGAACUUCUCAGUGGUGGUGUUCGACACAGCGCCCACCGGACACACGCUCCGCCUCAUUGCAUUCCCGCAGGUGGUGGAGAAAGGCCUGGGCAAGCUGUUGCGCCUCAAGAUGAAGGUGGCGCCUCUCCUAACGCAGUUCGUCUCCAUGCUGGGCAUGGCAGACGUAAAUGCAGACACCCUGUCGCAGAAGCUGGACGACAUGCUGCGAGUGAUCACCCAGGUCAACGAACAGUUCAAGAAUCCUGAUCAAACCACAUUCGUUUGCGUGUGUAUUGCCGAGUUCUUCUCCCUGUACGAGACGGAGCGACUUGUGCAAGAACUAACCAAGUGUGGCAUCGAUGUACACAACAUAAUCGUCAAUCAGCUGCUGUUCCUGAACAACUCCCACAGCUCCUGCAAUAUGUGCGCCUCCCGCUUCAAGAUACAAGAGAAAUACCUGGACCAGAUCGCCGAUUUGUACGAAGACUUUCAUGUCACCAAGCUGCCGCUUCUCGAGAAGGAAGUGCGCGGUCCGGACAGCAUCAAGGCCUUCUCCGAGAACCUCAUGACGCCCUACGACCCCAAAGCGAAGCCAAAGGAUUAGGAUAAACUGCCGCAAGUUGGCUUGUGACAAACCGAAUUGUGUGUGAAUUGGAAUGCUUGAAAAAAUAAACUAUAUUUAUGGUCUCGGUCCCAAAGGAUCC